AUGAACGGCUUGCGCACAACUUUGUGUGUUAGAUUCAAGAGUGAAGUUGUGAAAGCAUUUGAUGCUGAUAAGUCUGGGAUAGAUGAAGUUUGUAGAGUUCUGGCCCACCUAUACACCAUUUCAAAGGCACAGUAUAUUCCUGUAUGUAAGGAACGGGGUUCAUUUGCAACAUCUAAUCGAUCAUGGGAUUCACCACAUCAGUCUGUUGCCAAGACUGAACCGGCUGCAAAUGAAGAUAGUAGUACUGCAAAAGGGUCCUGUUCAGCUGCAAAUCAGGAAGUGAGUAAGGAUGUACUAGUAAAAGCCGCUCUUGACAAGAUGGAGUUGAAGAGUGACGAUGACUCUAAAAGCAUGCCCACGGGUGGAGAGUCGAGAGAAAAUCCAGAGUCCAAAUUGAUGUCUGAUCAUUGA